AUGAAGGAGCAAAUUGAUAAGCUGAAGAAGGAGGUUAAGGACGAAAAGGAGACUCAAGAAAAGAAUCUAAAGGAAAACGAGCGAAUACUGCAGGAGAAGAUAACGUCUAUCAACGACUUGGAGAGGAAAAUCAAAGCUUCAGAAGAUGAUGCAACGAGGGAAAAGCAGGACAAACAAUUGAUGGAAAAUGAAAAGAAUGAGUUGACCUUGCGGCUUUGUGAGUUCGAAAAGGUCGCGAGAGCGAAUUCCGAGAAGAUCAAAAAACAAAUUCAAGAUCUGCAAGAAAGAAACCUGAAACUAAAGUCAGACGUUGAAGAAAAAGCCGACAAACGAUUGAAAGAUUUGACAAGACAGGUUCAUAAUCUAGAGGAUGAAAUCAAGAAUGCUCGCGCAAGCCUUGCAGACAAAGACCAAGAGCUCCAAAGCAUGAAGACCGCUCAUGAUAUCCGUGAACAGGUCACCGGUUUGCAAGAUACCAUCGAAAGGAAAGAGUCCGAAAUAUCAACGUUGAAGGAAAAGACAACAGAACAAGCAGUCGAACAGGAAUCAAUGCGAAGCGAGAGGGAGAAUUUACUGUCUCAAGUUGCCGACCUGCAUCAAAUGAGAAAGUCUAGCAAGAAGGCGCAUGGUAAUAGUGUCAAACUUCUCGUGGUGGAAGUAGCUCGACUAUGGAAUCAGCUUGACACGCAAGCACAAAGUUGCAUCGAGACAAAAGCUGAGUUGUCUACUUGCCGUAAUGAGCAUGCAUCACAGCUCACCAAACUUGCUGAAUUAAGCAGCUGGAAGUGA